UGCGAUCUUUUGGCAGUGCCUACUUUGCGAUUGUCGUCAACAUGGAAGCCAUGCAGCCCGAGCAUUGGCAUGCCGUGUGCACGUACGUCAAGGCGCCGUGUACGGUGCUGGCGCUGCUGGACGCGCUGCCCGCGUGGGCCAAGGGCGACCGCCUCCUGCAGCUCCAAGAGCUGGCAACGCGCGUGCCCAUCGCAUCGCUGUGGCCCAAGCUCCGAGUGCCGGCACGUGUCUCGCCGCAGCUGCUAUCGCUUUACUGCGCGGUCGCACCGCUCUAUACCAUGGUGUGCGUCGAUCACAAGUGUAAUGUCAGCGUUGUCCUUGCGCUAUCGAAAGCGGCACCGCAAGCCUUGCUGCGCGUCCGCGGCGGCGUCUCCACCACGUGGCGUCCGUCCCUCGAGACGCUGCGUAUUGCAUCGAUCAAGGUUGACAGUGACGACUGCGACGACGACGAAGGCUGUAACGCGAUGCUGUCGUUGCCGGCACUGGUGCCGAGACUACGACACCUCACGCACAUGCGCCUCGCCAACGGCCUUGGCCACGCCACCGGCGCCUUCUUUGCUGCCCUCGCACACUCGACCACGAUCUCGUCACUCUCGCUCUCUUCCUUUGUCUACGCGGCAGCCGAUCUGCGGCAUCUACACACCUGGGUCGCAGCGUCGGCCGAGUCCUUCUUCGUCGAUGACAGCACUUUGCUGUCCGAGCCGGCUACCAGCGAAGCUCUACAUGGCCUCUGCAAUGCACUUCACGUAGCGCCUACCCUGCGGCACCUCGGUCUUGACGCAGCGUUCGCCGAUACGUUCUGCCGGCAGCGACACACGACGCCGCUCGGUCUCACGACAUUGCACUUGUCGUCCAAGCAACUCCAGCUGCUACAUUUGGCCCCGCGAUUGCGAGAUGCACCACUUCAGACCCUCCGUGCGACUGGCGCGUAUGACGCCCGUCCGCUCUUGCUGCAGCUACGAGCCAUGCCGCGCCUCACUCGGUUGCACGUGAGCAUGUGCCAUUUGGGCGACGCUGGCUGCGCGCGCUUGGCGUCCGCACUGCGCAACGCGACGUCGCUGCGCCACGUCAUUUUGACCGGCAACGAGAUUUCAGACAUUGGCGCGCGCGAGCUCGCGACUGCGCUGCCAACGACUCGGAUGGCGCUGCUGGGCCUCGAGAUGAACCGCGUGACGAUGGUUGGCGCCUUGGCGCUCGUGCAAAAGAGCCAUCGAGGUGUCGCCUUGGACUUGUCCUGGAAUCUGCUGAGCACAGACGAGCAAGACUAUGUGACGUACAUGGCAGCGUCGACAACGCGGGCGAAGAUUAUCUUUCGUUGAGUCGUAGAGUGCUCAUGAUUUCUUGUGUACCGUGGUUGUGCUAAAGUUAUACACACUUCGAUCUAGUUUCACAAUGUGUCAUGUG